AUGGCCAGAACCGACAAAUGUCCGCUAACAAAGUACGACACAGACUCUUUCUAUCAAAAUGGAGCUUCCCUGACCAAGCUGACUUUUGCAGGGGGAGCGAUAUCAAUGAACAACCCAACAGCGUGUGCCGUUCCAACAGCUCAGACGCUAGGGAUCACGGAAACAGGCACCAGAUACGAGCCAAUACUGAGCACAGCCCUACACACCGCACUAACGGAGGUCGACAGCGCAACCAAACAACUGGGCGGCAUCGAACUAGGGGCAACGGCACUCCUCAAGGAAGAUGGCUUUGAAGAGGCAAAGACUAACCAAGAAAUACAAGCGGCGCUACACCCUUCUGAGGAUGUCAAAACGAAAUACUCGAGCGGAAUGCCUCAAACAAGCAAACCAGCUUUUGACAGGCUAGUAAAACUUUAUAAGGAAUUGGAAGACAAGGUCGAAAAGAUAAAACAGGAUACCAACCAGGAUGCCGCCAUACGAAGGCUCUAUAAACCCUUGAUAAGCUGCAGUAGGGGCCCGGAAGCACAGAAAAAAGUGGAGACAACAUCAGUAUGCGAAGAUAAGGAACAAAAUGCGUGCUGA